GCUCCCCGCGUGGGUGCCGUGUCUGCGCGGUUGCAUAUUGGACCCGCCUUGCGUGGGAAGUAAAUGGUCAUUGGGUUUUAAACGUUUUUCAAGGAUGACGAAAACCCAAAGAGUGGGCAAUCAGCUGCCUAACAAUUUACCUCAGUUGCAGAACCUGAUCAAAAGGGAUCAUGAAAGCUAUCAAGAAGAGUUUGCUCAGCAGUGGCGGCACUACCAGUCAACCCUGCAAGUCUUCCGGCUGCAGCCUGACCAGUACAGCCAGAACUUGGAUGAGCUCACAAUGUUUGUGGCACAGGUGGCCCACUGCUACCCGCAGACAGUGUCUGCAUACCCCCAGGAGCUGAUGGACACCCUGCGCCAGUACAGCACCGUCAUCGACGCUGAUAUGCGGAUGACGUUCUGCAAGGCGCUCAUCCUGCUGCGCAACAAGAACCUGCUGGCGCCGACGGCGCUGCUGGAGCUAUUCUUCGAGCUGCUGCGCUGCCAGGACAAGGGGCUGCGGGACUUCCUGCAGGGCCACAUCGUCAGCGACAUCAAGAAUGUCAACGCCAAGCGCAAGAACAUGAAGCUGAACACGACUCUGCAGAACUUCAUGUACGGUAUGCUGCGUGACAGCCACGUCAAGGCAGCCAAGAUCGCCAUGGAUGUUAUGAUCGACCUCUACAAGAAAGGCGUGUGGAACGACCAGAAAACCGUCAACGUCAUCACAACGGCACUCUUCUCUAAAACCACCAAGGUGAUGGUGACGGCGCUGAAGUUCUUCCUGGGCAAGGAUGAGGAUGAGGAGUCUUCUGACAGCGAGUCCGAGGACGAGACAACUGCGGCCAAAGCUGUGAUUUCUUCGUCGAACUUCGGGAGAAAGACCAGAAAAAAGAAGAAAUCACUGGAGAAAGCCAAGGCGUUGACAAAGAAAUCUAAGAAGAAGAAGAAGACGGGCGAGUCGUUCAACUUCUCGGCGCUGCACCUAGUCAACGACGCCCAGGGCCUGGCCGAGCGGCUCUACAAGAAGAUGGAGUCGCUCAACGAGCGCUACGAGGUGAAGCUGAUGAUGAUGGGUCUGAUCGCUCGUCUGGUGGGCAUCCACGAACUCUUCCUCUUCAACUUCUACCCGUACCUGCAGCGCUUCUUGCAGCCACACCAGCGAGACGUGACCAGGAUCCUGCAGUACGCCGCCCAGGCGUCUCACGUGCUGGUGCCGCCGGACGUGGUGCAGCCUAUGCUGAUGACGAUCGCCAACAACUUCGUCACAGAGCGCAACUCGUCCGAGGUCAUCACGGUGGGGAUCAACGCCAUCCGCGAGGUCUGCAUGCGCUGUCCGCUGGCGAUGGGGGAGGACCUGCUGCAGGACCUGGCCCAGUACAAGAAGUACCGUGACAAGAACGUCAUGAUGGCAGCUCGCUCGCUCAUCCAGCACUACCGACACACGCACCCCGAGCUGCUGCACAGGAAGGACAGGGGCCGGCCAACAGAGGCCACUGGCGAGCUGGAGCGGCCGGCGUACGGCGCUGUGAGCGCGCGGGACUACAUCCCUGGUGCCGAGGUGCUGGAUCCGGAGCAGCCGACCGCCGACGACGGCCGCGGCCAGGAGGACGAGGACUCGGACGGCUGGGUGAACGUCUCGGACGUUGAGCCAGAGGAAGACGAGGCUGAAGAGGCUGCCGCCGAGUUGGGUGAAGAGCACGCUGCCGACGAGGAGCCGGAGUCGGACGAGGAGUCCGACGAGGCCGGGGGCGAGGAGGAGGAUGAUGACGAAGAGGAGGAGGAAGAGACCGGCGACGAGGACGCUGAUGAGACGGAGUCUGCCCCGGGGCAGCGAUCCAGGACGUCAUCAGCGGGUGACAGCAAGUCUGUAGCGUCGGGCGGGCGCGCCUCGUCGGCCUCCAGCGCGCUCUCGCGGCAGGAGAAGGCGACGCGAGCCUCGGCCGUGGUCGCGUCCCGCCUGCUCACCGACGCCGACUUCCGGCGCAUCGAGAAGGCACAGAUUGCCAAGCAGCUGGACCCGCUGCGCAGGGGCGGCAAGCGCAAGGCCGAGGAGCUGGCCCAGGAGGAGAGGGGUGAGAUCGUGACCCUGAGGAACAUCGAGAGGAUCCACAAGAAGCCGAAGGCGGACAAGGAGACGCGACUGCUCACCGCUCAGGCGGGCAAGCCGGACCGGGAGGAGACCAAGUUCGGCCGGCCGAAGGGCAGGGUCAAUCCCAACGCCAGCACCACCAACAAAGAGAAGAAGAAAACCAAGAACUUCAUGAUGCUGAGACACAAGUUAAAAAACAAAACCAAGAAGUCGUUCAGGGAAAAACAGAAAUCGUUGCGGGAUUCAUUAUUGAAACGGAAGAAGAAGUCGAAAUACUAGGUACAAAAUGCGGACGCUGCUGCGAUUGUAUUUUAAACUUCACCAGCAUGUCUGAUGGACGUUUGCGCGCGUGCGCAGCGACUCUGUGGAGCGCAGGAUCCUUGUCCGUCAUUGUGUUUGACUGUGAUUCAGGUGCAGUGGACACCUGUGUGACGUUGAUGGACGACGAGCCUGUACGGUGUGUACAACACUGCGGAAUACACUCGUGCCGGAGCACGUGUCUCGUC